AUGUCAUCCUUGGCGAUUGCGCAAGAAUAUUUACAACUAUCUAGUGAGGAUGAAGUAUUUGUCUUAUUAGAGCCGGAACACGAGGAGCACACUUACAAUGACCCUUUGAUGGAUUGUUCAAGCAUGGGUGAAUAUAUCCUGUCAGCUCAUGACUGGUGGAAGGAUGGUAAAACAUUGAAGAUGUUGGAGAUGACCGCCGAGGAGCACCGAUCAUUAGACAUGGGAUUUCCAUCAUCUGAUGAUGACCGGAUGUCUGACACUUUGGAUAUGCAAUUCCCCACCCUGUCUGACAACGACCGGUCAUCCAACAUCGCACCCACACCGGAGUUACAGGAAUAUCAGAUGUUGGACCUGGGAUUUCCUCCGGAGUCAGAAGCAUUAGACAUGGAAUUCCCACCAGAAUCAGAUGAUGCACUGGACAUGGAAUUUCCUCUGGAGUCUGACCAUGAUGUAUUUGACAUGGGGUUUCUACCUGAAUCCGGAGAUGAUGGACUCUCCCUUCACCCAGCAAACUCUCUGCAAGUCAGUCAUCCGGCCGGUAACACAGAAGGCAGCCCUCUGGAGAUGGGUUUUGACACAGAUCCGGUAGAUCAUGUUCUGGACAUAAGGAACAGUAUUCAACCGGUAGAGAGCCCCUUGGAGAUGGGUUUUCAAGCGGAUCCGGUCAAUGAGUUUCCAGAUCAGUCAUUAGCCGUCAGUCAACCGGAUCCCAUUGGGUUUGUUAUUCAGCAGGCAGUAGGUGAUUUGCAGGUUGCAGUGCACCGGUUGGAGAUGGACAGGGAUGGUGGUGCAAUUUCGCCGGAAGAGGCCUUUGCAAGGGAGCAAGUCCUUGGGUUCACUCGAGACUUAUUGCUGGCAUGGCAGGGUAACUUUGUUGAGGCCAAGUUUUUACCUACCAGUGGCAAGAUCAAGGAACCUUCAAAGCUUCAGUUAAUUGAAGUCGACCGGCUCUUAGAGUUCUGGUGUCAGAGACAGAAGGAUAAGGUUCGCCCAACCUUUGAAUUCAAAGCCUGGGAAGGCCAUGAUAAGAAGAUGAGAGAACUGGUAGAAACAAUCUCAGGCGAGGAUUCUGACACCAGACUCAGACAAUCAGCAGCAGAGACCAGGGUUCCGGUCAAAAAAUCAACCGGAAAGCCAAGCAAGAGGGAGGAACAGAAGUCAAGUAGUGAGGAUGAGCGUGAUGAAGAAGAAGAUGAAGAAGAUGAAGAGGAGGAGGAAGGAGACAAGGAAGAAGAAGAUGAGCAGGAGGAAGGAGACAAUGAAGAUGAUGAAGAUGAUGAGGAAGAAGUUCUCCCAUGUCCACCUUCAAAAUCCAAACAUACCAACAAGCAGGGCAGGGUUCCUCCAGUUCAAUCUGAUUCAGAGGAAGAAGACUCUCGCCCGCCGGUCAAGAAAUCCAAGAUGAUUGUCAGGCGCAAUGAAGUCCCAUUGCUACCUUCAAAGUCUCACCCAACCAACAAGCGGAGCAGGGUUCCUCCAGUUCAAUCUGAUUCAGAGCCAGAAGAUUCUCCCCCGCCAGUCAAGAAAUCCAAGGUGACUGUCAGGCGCAAUGAAGUCUCAUCAGCACUGGUUCAUCUGGUGCAAUCUGAAUCAGAGCAGUAG